GCUUUAAAACAACCAUUUCAUUAAACCAUCGCUGCCAUGAUGACUUCUUUACAAGAUGCAGAUCCAAUCUUAAGAGACUACAUGAUUAAACAUUCACUUCCUCAGAUUUACAAGGCUUUACUUGCUGGGUUAUGUGUCUCAUGCCCUGAAGAUCCUCUGCACUUUAUAGAGGAGAAGAUUCGAGCAAUUCUGGAGGAUCAAGAUUUUGAGAUUUACUGGCACACAUUCAUUGACAAAGACAAACAAGUCUCGUCAUUGGCAGGAGGUCUUGUGUGUGAUAUUUUUGGACAUCAAGAAGACUGCCUGUGUCUCUCACAUAUGUUGGAGAAAGCAUACUCCUGUUAUCGAAAUAACCUGACCAAAAAGUAUUUCACGGGUUGGAAGAGUUAUAUUUUGAACAAGAAAAUGAAGGAUACCAGUCUCCUAGAGAGUAUUGAAGAGGCUGAGCUGUAUCACACACAGAGAGGGAUAAGAGUGACUUUCAUCAAGUGGACUGUGUGGGUUCGGAUUCGCAAACAGAGGCAGAAUGAUGCUGUGAGGAAACUGCAGAGAGUUCAGGAUUCUGCCCAGUGCAGAAACACCUUCACAGCUUGGCGUCACAUUGUGCGGGACACUAAACGAACAAGGGCGUACUUUAGGAACCUAGAUAGACAUAUGCAAGAAAAUCAGAACUCAGACAUACCACAGGGCCAUGGACAGGACAGACUAUCACUGCUGCCUAGCAAGCUAUCUCUUAAGAUCUUCCAAAGUUUAGGUGUGGGUGACCUCCUGAAAUGUGCUCAGGUGUGUCGUUCAUGGAAAGCGAUCACUCAGAUCAGCUCACUGUGGACAAAGAUCAAUCUGUCCCCUGAGAGCAGCUGGAUCACAGAUAAGACUGUGGGAAGAAUACUACAGGCACAUCGUGUCUUUGUGACAUCGAUUAACUUGUGCACUUGCACCAUGGUGGAAGGGUCAAGUUUGAGAUGCAUAAGUCAAUGCAAAAAUCUACAAGAACUCAAUCUCAGUGAAUGCCCAAAUGUGAAUGAUGAAAUUAUGAGGGGGAUUUUAGAGGUCUGCCACUCUAUCAUUCAUCUUAAUUUGGCCUACACCCAUAUAACCAAUGACACCAUGAGAGUCCUUUCAAGGUGCUGCCUGACACUGCGGUUUCUGAGUAUUGCAUACUGCAUGGACUUCUCUGAUAAAGGUCUGCAGUAUCUGACCACAGGAAAAGGCUGCCACAGAAUUAGUCAUUUAGACCUCUCUGGCUGUUCUCAGAUAUCUGUGCAAGGAUUUGCGUAUGUUGCUGAGGCUUGCAGUUCACUUCAAAAGAUUGUGUUAGAUGACCUGCCCACCCUAACUGAUGCCUGUAUGCAGGCAUUAGCGCCUAAAUGUCAUAUGCUGACUACGAUUUCCCUAUUGGACUCGCCAUAUAUAUCUGAUGUGGCUUUCAAAGCUAUUACAGAGGUGACCAGCCUCACCAAGUUCCAAGUAGAAGGUAACAACCGAAUGACAGACAGCAGCUGGGUUGCCCUGUGCCGAAGCUCUCUGAAUCUCAAUGAAGUUCGCGCGUCUGACUGCUCUUGCAUGACUGACGUCAGCAUGAAGUCUUUAGGAAGUCUAUCAAAGCUGUGCAAACUAGACAUAUCAGGCUGUAUCAAGGUGUCUGAUACAGGAAUCCGCUACAUCUCAGAUGGAUCAAGUGCCGGUGAAUUACGAGAGCUCGAUCUUUCCUAUUGCCCCAGAGUGACUGACCUGUCCCUCAGGAGAAUAGCUCUUAAAUUUACCAAUCUGACCCACUUGAGAGUGUGUUUCUGUGAGAAUCUCUCUGAUAACGGGUUUGAGAGUCUGGGCAACUGUGCUUCUCUCGUCUCUCUGGACAUCACUGGAUGCAAAAUCCAGGACCAGGGACUAGCAGCCCUGGGAGCCAACCAGAGUCUUAGAAAACUGACUGCAUCUGAGUGUGUUUCCAUAACAGAUCAUGGAAUAAAGAUGUUCUGCAGACAAUCUCGUCAUUUGGAGCUUUUGGAUGUGUGUCACUGUGUGUGUCUGUCUGAUCAGGCAAUCGAAGUCCUUUCCAUCUUCUGCAGAAACAUUACCACAGUCAGACUGGCUGGAUGCCCUAAAAUGACAGAUACAUCGGUGAAGUAUAUAACAAGGGUUGGCCACUUCCUGAAAGAGCUGGACGUCAGUGGAUGUUUCCUCCUGACUGACUGCACCCCUUCAUUUCUACUGCGCAGCUGUCCACAGCUGCGUUCCAUCCGCAUGCUCAACUGCAAGAACAUCACCAAAGAGGCCGCUCUGAAGUUGCAGUGCCGUGUCCAACACUGGAGACACAGUAACGACAAUCUGGAUUAAUUACUAUGACUCAACAGGAUUCUGGGCCAACCAUAUAUUGAAGCUCCUUGGGGCCAACAGGAGAAUGACGGAGAGGAUGAAGAAGCAACCAACAAGAUUAAUCAAGACUUGCUGCACUGUAGAAAGCUCUAAAAUUUGAUACUGAAUAUCUUUUAGAUAUUAUAAUUUAUUAAAAUAAUUUAUUUUGAUGAAAAACCUUUUCUCAAAGGCAUGUUGCAUUAUCACACAUCUUUAGGAAACAA